AUGGCUGGGGGUGGUGACUUUGAUCAAGGUGCCAGGGACAGGCUUCGCCGAAUGUCUGUCGAGGCCCUGACGACGGCGCCGAGUAUCGCUGCCCUUACUUUGCCUUGGGAGACAGGACCGCUGGCAGCCAUUUUUGGGAAACCGGAAGUGCUGCCUAGGCCCGCGCUAGACAUCGAAGAUGUCAUUGACACUGCAUCUGUCCGGCCUUUGGGGCCUGAACCGUCGGAAACUGUCCCAGGUGAUAAGAAAGCUUUCACUGCUGCAUGGAACAAGGAUACAUUCAGACGAGAUCGCCUCCCUGAGCGAGAUCGGUUCAAUCUCGUGUACCAGGAGUGGCUUCAAGUGAUCCUUCCAUGGGCUGGCGAUGGAACAGUGCUCGGCCUCAUGGUGUCUGCUGCAGCCGACCAAACUGAGAAGCUUGCAGUUGUCACGCAAACCCUUGGCGGCAAGGCCUUGUCGACACUGCAAAAGCGGCUGAGGCAAGUGAAAGCACUCCUGGCAUGGGCCCUCCUUGCGAGUGUUACGCCAUUUCCUAUGACUGAGCAUGCAUGCCGAACGUAUUUGAAGAAGCUGGUGGAAGAGAAGGCACCUGCCUCUCGCAUCAAAGGCGUGCUAGAGAUGGUGGGGUUCCUCAGACAUGUUGUUGGCCUACCCGUUGCUGAGAAUGCAGGCGAUUCACCUUGGAUUCGCGGGGUGCUACGGAUGGCCGCGGCGAAUGCCAAGCCCACUGCCAAGGCUCGGCCGCUCACGGUCGGAGAGGUUGCAACACUCGAGGCUUUCGUCAAACGCAGAGUGGGAGCAUUGCAAGACCUCUACGCGGCAGGGUGCUUCUUGUUCUUAAUCUUUUCGAGAGCGAGGUUCGGCGAUUGCAAAAUCAUCAGUGAUGCAGUCUUUGACAUCGUCACGAAGAGUGGCGAGCUUGUCGGGUACAUCGAGGUCAUCUCUUGGUCGCACAAGAUGCGGCGCCAUUUUCCUUCAAUCCCUUUGGUUGCCCCGGUUCAGGGUGCCACCAUAGGAAGUUGGGUCGAGUCGUGGCGGUCCAUCGCCACUGAGGUGGGUCUCCCUCUUGAACGGUUUCAAGGAGGUGCCAAAGGACCAUUGUUGCCACUCCCGAGCCAAGGCGGGUGGCUCGAGUCGAGUUGCUCGACGACUGAAGCGAGGGCUUGGCUGGUUCAGAUUCUUCAGAAUGCUGGGCAUGUCGAGGCUCCGUCGCUAGGCGCUCACUCGUGUAAGGCAACUUGCUUAUCAUGGGCGGCCAAGUACGGCAUCUCCAAAGAUACGAGGACUCGCUUGGGCAAUCACAAUGAUCGUGGAUCUGCAGAGUGUUACGGGAGAGACACACUUGCCGCACCGUUGAGAGAUCUGGAGGCGUGCAUUUUGGCGAUUCGCACCGGAUCCUUCUUGCCAGACGUUUCUCGAAGUGGUUAUUUCCCUGAAAUGCCUGACAAGUCACCGUCUUGUGAGGGAGCAACCGAGCCGCAGGGUGGCAUUGGCUCCAGUGAUGUUGAAGCGAACAAGAGCUUUGACCCGGCUGAGCUCUCUUUCGGGGCACCGGCCGACCAAAGCGACUUAGACAAUGAUGCCAAUGCCUCUGAGGGCUUCGAGCCUGAUGCCAUUGAGCACCCGGCCCCGAGCCCGAGCUUCCAUGGAAGCAAUCCUGAUCAGGAUGUCGCACUCGACGAGUCGUCCUCCAGUUCGACGAGUUCUUCAUCGACGGACACGGAGGUGGAGUCGGAACCUGGCCCACACCUUGCCGCUCUUGAACGGCCAGUUUGGCGAGACGCUUGCCAGGUUUGGCAGCACAGGCAAAGCAGAACCGUGCAUCUGCUCCCGGAGGCCGAUGCAGAGUCAGGAUCCUUCGUGUGUGGGAGGGUCAAGUCGCAAGCCUACUUCCGAGCCACUGGGCAUCCGAUUGUCGAUUCUCUGAAGUGUGUGCAGUGCGAUGGUGGUAAAACCAUCAGAAGCACGGCACAGCUUGUGCAUGUUCUUGACAAGAGGCGGCGCACUGGUUAG